CGUCAAAACACAGCUUUUUCGUCAUUUGUUUCUAAACAUAACCCAAAAAUGAACGAUUUUGGCACCUUUUCAGGUGUAAAUUUUAAUAAACUUUGCCGUGUUUGCAUGAAUACACUAGAAAGUAAUUUUAUAUCAUUAUUUAAUUCAAAUUCGCCUAGCAACUCAAUUUUUUUGGCUUCAAAAAUUAUGACCUUUACGAACCUUCAGGUUAGCUACGGUGAUGGUCUUCCUCACUCAGUGUGUUUAAACUGCUCGCAACAAAUAGAAAACGCCUAUCUUUUAAAACUUCAAUGUGAAGAAUCAGAUAUGACACUACGACGGUAUUUAACUCCACAGACCAUUACGAACUCAGAUUUUGAGCCUUCAUUUCCCGAACCAAGCUCAGAUUUGUAUACUGCACCUUGCCCCAAAGCAGCCGAAGCAGAUGUUAAGUACGAAUGUCUUGAGUGUAAGAAAGUUUUUAGUAAAGCUAAUGAACUCCGUAAUCAUAAGAAAACGCAUAGGGAUUAUCAAUGUAAAUUGUGUUCUGAUGUUUUUAAUUCGUCUGAGCAACUUGUGGAACAUACAAAACUUCAUAAUUCGUCAAAGAAAACUAAAGAUACUGGGCACGUCUGUACAGUAUGCGAUUGUCAGUAUCGGGACAACAACAAACUAGUUGAACACAUGCUGAAUGAGCAUACGGAAAAAGUUGUUCAUGAGGACGAAAUUGAGAAAAUAUCCGAAGAGCAUUUGGUGUGUAAUGUCUGCAACAAAUCUUAUUUAAAGGCUAGUAACUUAGCGGCUCAUAUGGGCACUCAUACUGGCAUUAAACCAUAUGCAUGUAACAUUUGUGGAAAGUGCUUCACACAAGGUAGAGCACACGCUUGUCAUAUGCGAACUCAUUCGGAUACAAUUGAAAAGCCUCAUCAGUGUGGAGUGUGCAAAAAGGAAUUUGGGCAAGAAAAUCAGUUGUCCGUGCAUAUGAAGAAACAUUCUGGUAAAUCUUUCGUAUGUAACGUCUGUGGAAAGAGCUACUGCAACUCGGGCAAUUUGAAAUCUCAUAUGCGUCUACACACUGGUGAUAAGCCAUAUGCUUGUCACAUUUGUGGGAAGAAAUUUGCGCAAAGCAAUGCGCAUUCGUAUCACAUGAAGACUCACACAGGUGACUUUGAAAAAGUACUGUCUGUGAAAUUGGCUCAACCCAUUUUGAAACAGAUCUCCAGUUUGAGAUAUUGCUGUGUGCACUGAUCCAUCUGCCAGAAAGACCAUACACAAAACACCAUAAUAAAAACCUAGCUAGCUCUUUCCUUUACUUAUUAACACGGCACAAAACUUUUCCCCAGCACAGAGGAGAGAUUCGACUAUGCUCUCAGUAAAUCUGUUAACUUCUAACAGAUGGUGGCAGUGGCGGCUGGUUCUAAAGGGCAUAGGGGCUCGUGCCCACUCCAAUCGCCAACAUAAAUGGAGGAAGUAAAUUAGCAUGUCAGUCAAUAAAUUAUUUCUAUUUGACAUAAAUUAAUGUAACAUUUUAUAGCGCUAGGUAUCAAACUUUCCUUUCGUUGAGUUUCAGCAUGUCUACUACAAUCUCGACCAUCACUGAACAGAAAUUCUCCUUUGCUUUAUAGUUUCACGUUACCUUUAGUGCUGGCCCAAAUUGAAUUCGCUAGGUACUGAGUAGCCCAGAUGACUGACUCAUUUAGAACAAACGCGCGAGCCUCUUGAAAACAAGUAUACAAGUUAAUUCGGGCAUAUGCAUAAAUAGCAUUACUUUAAAUGUCUCAAUUCAAGCCAACACUAAAAGUAACGUGAAACUAUAAAUCAACCGGCUUAACUCAGGUUAGCUCUUGACAAAAAGCUCCAAACCCGAGUAUACUCGAGCUGUAACAGCGGUUAAUAGCAGAAUGGCCAGAUAAGAAGGAUAUCCAGGACUACCGGUGGCACUGUGACCUUCGCCUCUGUUAUGCCUAAACAUUCCGUUCUAUGUAGACAUAUUUUGGCGUGUUUAAAGUCAAUAGAACUUAACUACGGAAAGAUGAUUAUGCCGCUCAAUUGUGAUCAUAAAUACGCUUGAAUUGGUACUGAAGUACAACGAAUAUUACUUUUUGUACUCCGUGGACUAAACCAAUGUAUUUUGUCUUCCAUUUAAGGGACUAAAGUGACACUUUUUAUCCCGAAAGGAGAAAAACGCGACGAGGGACAGAACACACUGAAAUGUCAAACACAAUUUAAUGAUUAAUCGUUACCUUUAUAUGUACAAUUUGGAUAUUGCACCAGAUUUUAUAUGUAUUAUAAUGUUUUCCAUAUAUCUUUUUGAUGAACAAAUGAGACAAGUAGCAAAAUGGUCAUCUGUUACACUCACGUGAGGUGUGCUUAAGAUUAUUAUCCAUGUUGUACACUAACACGUUGUGCAAAUUUUGUAGGUAAGGUGAUAAAACGAUAAGCAAUAUGUUAUCUAUUUUCUUUUUAUUUAUUUUAUUUUUGUUUUUAUUGUUAAGUGGGUGGAAUUUCAGCCAAACCAUUAUACAUUGUACCUAUAAUUACAUUUACAAAUUUCCAUGCCUUUUUAUUCCUUCUAUUACUGGGCCAAUCGAUUUUUGAAAAUUAUUGUUUUAGAUUUGCAUGUUGUUAUCGUAUAGAUGUAACCUGAGAAACACCAACCCUAACGGAUUUUUUUUUAAAUCAUUCUGAUAGUAAUAACAAUAACCUUCUUCCCAGUGGAUCCGAUAAUUGAGAAGUUGACCCGACGCCACGUGAAAUACACACAAACUUAUAUACAUGAUAAUUUUUCAGAAUUUAUCGCCAGACAAACGCCUGCCAAAAUGAACGCGAUUGCGUGAAUUUGGUCAAAGGCCCGUAUGAAUAAAAGUAAGCAAAUGCUUAUACUUGCAAAAAUCAAAGUAAAUACUCGUUAAGUGCCCCUUUAUACUGAUUUGUUUAGC